AGGAGCUGAUGAGGAGGAGGAUGAUGAUGAUGAUGACACUCUGGUAGCUGCCUGCCGGGCAGACGGACGGACGGACGGACGGACGCAGGAGCGAGCAGAGACGCCACGAUGCCGCGGAGGAAGCAGUCCAACCCGCAGCCGGUGAAACUGGAGUCGGAGGCCGGCGGCCCGGCGGUGUGUGAGCCCAGCUGCCUGGUGCUGGACCGGGACUUCCUGCUGAGCGGCGAGCUGGAGUUCGGAGACGCCGACAUCUUGGGUCUGGAGCGGGAGGCAGGCAUGACGGUCUUCUCUCUGAGCGUGGAGGACGACCCCUCGGCGCCAGCAGACUCCGCCUUCCCGCCGUUCCUGUCCUGUAAAGGCUGCGGUCAGCUGCUGGAGGACACGCCCCUGGGGGCGGGAUUCUCCCUCGGUGUGGGCCUGGAUCUGGGGGCAGAGCUCUACUGCCUGAGCUGCGAGGAGGGGCUGCAGCGCGCCGCCUCCAUCGACUCCUCCCAGGUGGAGGACUCCAACCUCUCCGACAGGUCCAGCGGCGGCGGUGCCCCCCGGAAGCGCAGAGGCCCGGGGACCGGCAGCGGCGACCUGGAGCCCAGGCGCUACUCGUGCUCGCUGUGCACCUUCGUGUCGCGUUACUCCAACCACCUCAAGCGCCACAUGAGGACCCACGACGGCCAGAAGCCGUACCGCUGCCCCGUCUGCCCCUACGCCUCGGCGCAGCUGGUCAACCUGCAGCGCCACGGGCGCACGCACACGGGCGAGAAGCCGUACGGCUGCCCGCAGUGCAGCUACGCCUGCAGCUCGCUGGGCAACCUGCGGAGGCACCAGCGCAUGCACGCGCAGGAGCGGCAGCAGCGCAGGGAGAAGAAGAAGCGGGGCCGGCGGAAAAAGAGCGUCUCUGAGGACGCGGUGUCGGACCUGACCCUGCGGGUGUCCCAGGACGCGGCGUUCCUGCAGGCGUCCGGCGCCCUGCCCGUGCUGCUGUUCCCGCUCUGCUGCCGCGCCUGCGGCCGCACGCUGGAGGAGGCCGACCUGGAGGGGGACAAGGAGCUGGACGCAGACGGAGGACAGGUGUGUCGCCGCUGCUCGCUGGACCUGCUCGCCAAAGACGGCUCGGGACGUCCGUGCAGCCCCGGCGCUCCCCGGGGGUCCCGGCGGGGGGGGCGGAGCUCCAAGCUGUACCGCUGCCCCCACUGCCCCUUCCUGUCCCGCUACCCCAACCACCUGGCGCGCCACGCCCACAUCCACUCGGAGGAGAAGCCCCACCGCUGCCCGCAGUGCGCCUACACCUCCUCGCACCUCGACAACCUCAAGCGCCACAUGCGCGUGCACACGGGCGAGAAGCCCUACCAGUGCCCGUCGUGCAGCUACGCCUGCGGCAACCUGGCCAACCUGCGGCGCCACGAGCGCAUCCACUCGGGCGCCAAGCCCUUCCACUGCAGCAUCUGCGGCUACUCGUGCAACCAGAGCAUGAACCUGAAGCGCCACAUGCUGCGGCACACGGGCGAGAAGCCGUACGGCUGCGGCGAGUGCGGCUACACCACGGGCCACUGGGACAACUACAAACGCCACCAGAGGAAACACGGACACAACACGGACAGCUGGGACAAGCACGACCCCGCGGGCGCCGGCUGGGGCGGCCACGCCGCCGAGAGCCAGAGUCCGGGGCAGGAGCACAGCUAGGUGUGUGUGUGUGUGUGUGUUUGUCUGAGUGUGUGUGUGUGUGUGUGUGUGUGAGAGAGAGAGCUUCCAAGACCACUGAGCCUUCUUCACUGAGCCGCUCUCCUGUUUUCACCCGUUCUCCU